GUCUCUUGAAUGUGGAGAGAGGGUGUGGUUCCAGAAGAAUCUCGUCACACAUUUUAAAAGAUCCCUUUUCUUUCUCUUCUGGGACUUCUCUUGGUUCAGUGCUGGGCUCCUUGGAGUCAGUCUUGACGCUCCUUUUUGUUCAUGUUUCAUCUCUUCCUGCUUCUCUGCGGCUGUCUUUGUUUUUUUCUAUUACAUUUUAUUUCCAGGAGUUUUUCCUCCCCACCCCCUUCUAAAUAGCAUCUUCUCAUGAGUGUAGUAUCUUCUUUUAUUUCUGAGGGUAUUAAUUAUAGUUUUGUAUAGUUUUUUUUUUGUUAAACCCAUGUAUCGUCUGCCUCCUUCAAGUCCCCUUUUUCUCUCUGGGUCCGUCACUUGCUUUGACCGUUUUUCAGGAGGGUUUUCUCAGACGUCAGGUCAUCUUUGAGAGCCUGCCUGUGUUGAAGAGUGAGGGGCACUGAUGGGAGGUCCUUCACGACCCUUCCCCUCACACUCUGUGUCGCCCCUGCCCCCACGUCCUAGGCAUCCCCGCCCCAUUGCCCCGGAAUGAGGCGUGCCUCCCGCUCCCCACUCAUCUGGGCAUCACCCUGUGAGAGCUCUGUGACCUGGGAGAAGCAGCUCUGCCUCUCCAAGGCUCAGCUUCUUCUCUUUAGUGUGGGGCUUCAGAUAGACCCCCCACCUCCCCCCCCGCCACAGAGGGUUGUUGUGGGGUUCGGUGAGAUUAAAACAGUGCCUGGAACAUAGUAAGCACUGCUAAGUGUUAGCUGUUUUCCUAACCACCUGGGGCCAAACCACCAUCAUCUCUCGUGUGAAUUCCCUAAUAUGAGAAUGUGUUCCCUGAUUACUUGACAGUCUCCCCUGCUUUAUUUUUCCACAUGGCUCAUCACCAUCCCAGGUACUGGAUGCUUUUUAAUUUGCUGUGGUCCAUCUCCCUGCAGGAGAGCAGAAGCCGCAAGCGCAGGGCUCCGUUCUUCCCACUUCCGUGCGUCUGAAACCUGCAGCUGUAUCUGUCCUGCAGGAGAUGCUUGGUGAACACUUGCUGAAUGAGCCAACAUCUUGGGGGUUGGGGUCGCUUCCUGAUGGGUGAACUUCACAGUUAGGUGAUGGAAUAGCCGUUUCCACGAGAGAGAUGCUGGCCCCAGGACUCCUCUGAUUAUCUGUAGGUCUCUUGUCUUGGGCUGGAUGCCUAAGUGUCUGGAAACACCCAGUUGUAUUGGGUUAAAUUGUGAUUAGGUUUGUUUUUCUGUAUAAUAUAAAGACAAAAAUCAGGGCAUUAUCAGGUAGGAGACCCUCGGUACUGUCCCCUUGAUGCUCUGCAGAACCUUGUCCAGUGGUGUAAGCAGUUUCCGGCUUAGUUAUGAAGGUAGUGCUUUAUUAUGGAGAAUUUUGAACAUUUAUGAAAGUAGAAAAGUACAGUGAAUUUUCUGUACCCCUGCCCCAGUCCAUCCGUCCCUUUGGCCAGUCCAACAGCAUCCAGACACCAUCUGCUUCCGAAGAGAGAAGUUUUAAACACACUUUGCCUGGAAAUGUGUUUUAAUUAUAUUGGCAAGAGUUUUAAGUUAGACCUUAGGAAUUCCUGUCAGAAAGGUUCUAAGACCAUUCGCUUCAUCAAGGUGUUGUAGGAAAUUUUAGAGAAACAGGUGGGCAUGUUUUUCUAGGACGUUAAGGGUCAGCCCUGCCUGGGAAGUAAGGAGCAUCUAGGUCACCUCUCAUUUCCUUUUUGGCCUUCUGUGCAGCAAGUGUUAGCUAAGUGUUGUGAACACAGUACUGCCAUUGACUUGCCUGCACGAUGCUGCAGGCUUCAGCGGGAAGUUGCAUGGAAAGACCGAAGGUCCCUUCCCUCGACGUCAGUGGUGCACCGAAGGGGCCGGUUGUGAGGGACGAAGCCCUGGGACACUGGCCCUGCGUUUCUGCUUCUUGGACCAGUGCCGCCUGGUGGUGAGCUGGCGUCCCGGACCGCAGGGAGGUCCUGACUCAGUGUUACAAACAUCCGACACCGUGGAUGACUCCGCACGUCGGCUAUGUUGUCAACCUAGUUAAGAUUCUGGUUCAUAAGUGUGGCUCCUGCCGCCGUUUUCCUGUGGUGUGGGGCCUCGGCGCCUGGCAGGCGGCGUCUAAACCUGGCGUUCCCUUGACCAAGCCAUGCCACCGUGCUGCAUCGCUCUUUUGCGGUAGCCUCCGUCCUCGUCAGUGCUUUUAAACUUGGAAUGAAACGAGCCUCUGGUAACAGAUUUUAUUGGAAACGGCUGAGAGAAACAGCAGCUUCAUCUGAAAUGAUCUCAUUCCCAGGUACUCAAAGCGCACCACGUCUGCAGCUGAGCGAACGGGGCUGGGAGAGCCUCUGACCUUGGAGAGCACGCCACUGAUGACCACACCGCGUGGUGUGUUCUUCUGGGCUGUUGAUGUCCUGGCUUCUGGGUCUUUGUGGAACCUCUGAUCCAUCCACGUCAUGUCAGCACGCUACUUGUUGUUCUGUGCGGUGGAUAUAUUUAGUGCUGGGCUUCACUUUCCCUGCCUCAUAUUAGAGUUCAUCGGAGACAGUCUAGAGUGUUGAAUGUUAUUAUAAAUAGGUGUAUUGUUAGGUUGAGAGGCCAGGAAAACCUUUAGUGACUGAAGAUUCCAUGUACAGGAAACUGUUGAUAGAUAGGUCUAUAAUCUUGAGGCGUUAAAUAAAAAUGUGUGAUCUGUUCUGGUGGUCUCCAUAUUUUUCCUCAAGUAGUAUGAAGAUAAUUCAUUCGACUCGUCUCCAGGGAGGAAAGCUACUUGUCAGGAUGUUGGAAGAGGAAGAUGGACUGGAUGUCAGGACCGGUUUGGAAGACUGCCGGUCCUUCGCUUCCCCAAGUUCUGCCUGGUCAGUCCGGUGGGCACCAGCUUUAAUUGUCAAGUGGACACCUGAGUGUCUCACGCGUGUCUCCUGAGGGUGAGGGUGAAGAGCAGAAGGGUGAUGGGUGUGUGUGGCACUCACUCAGACGGCCGUUCAGUGCGUUCCCGUUUUCACACCACAGCUUCCUGGGAAGCCAGCAAGGAAGGGGAAGGCAGUGGAUACUUGUCUCUGGUGCCGACAAGGAGGGGUCCCCUACCAGGGGGGACGGUGUUCCUAAAUUAAUCCAUUUACCGUGUUAGGGGCCCAACUGAGCCCCCUCCAACUUGGAAAGGUGACUGUAUCGGAGGACCCAGGCCUUUGAAGAAGUGACUGUGUUAGAAACGAGGCUGUUAGCUGCUAACCCAGUAUGCCUGGGGUACUCACUCGAAGAGGAGGUUUGAAGUGAAGAGCCCUCGGACGCUCGCUCGGAGGAAGCAGCGAGCAGCCGGUCGCAGUCUGCAGGCCCCGGGGGAGGCCUUGGGAGGAGGCGGCCCCGCCGGCCUAGGGCUUGGGCUUCCAGCUUGCAGGGUGCGCAGCGGUCGCGGAAGCUGCCGGCCGUGGUGGUCCGUUACGGGGCCCGGGCAGGCUGCCGCCCCGCGUCAGACCCGCACAGAGCUGGCGUUGCGUCUGUGAAGGCGGCCGUUGCGGUUCCCGUUCCCAGUGUCGGAGGAGGCCCCGGGGGCUCCUUGUGUGCGGGGCCCUCCCCGCGUCCGGCGCCCAUGCGGGAGAGGGGCCUCCGAGCCUCCUGCUGCCGCCGGUGGGACCGCUCUGGCGGCUUCACGGGAGAGGAGACCUGCGGAGAGCGGGGCGUGUGGGACAGAUUCUCAUCACAGAAGAACGUCGGUUCCGGGAAACGCAGCUUUUAAGACGUGGAAGAGUUUUGCGGCUAAACAGGCGUUGCAGAAUGGACAGGGGAGGCACCUGUUGCAGAAAUUUCCACAUCUUUUGUGAUCCUCUCUGUGGGCAGUUUAAUGAUAUUAAUAGUGUUAAUUGCAAACUGUGUAUCCUGCUGUAAGGACCCGGAAAUAGACUUUAAGGAAUUUGAAGAUAAUUUUGAUGAUGAGAUUGAUUUUACACCACCAGCAGAAGACACGCCCUCUGUCCAGUCUCCAGCAGAAGUCUUCACACUUUCAGUACCAACGGUCUCACUACCAGCCCCAUCACAGUUCCAGCCUUCUGUAGAAGGUUUGAAGUCCCAAGUUGCCCGCCACAGUCUGAACUACAUACAGGAAAUUGGGAAUGGCUGGUUUGGAAAGGUGCUCCUUGGAGAGAUCUACACAGGCACUAGUGUAGCGAGAGUAAUCGUGAAGGAGUUAAAAGCAAGCGCAAGCCCAAAGGAACAAGACACUUUUUUGAAAAAUGGAGAACCAUACUAUAUCCUUCAGCAUCCAAACGUCCUCCAGUGUGUCGGACAAUGUGUAGAAGCAAUCCCCUAUCUUCUGGUGUUCGAGUUCUGUGACCUGGGCGACCUGAAGGCUUACCUGCGUGGCGGCGAGCCGGCGCCGGCGCGGGGGGACUCACAGACCAUGCUGCUGCAGAGGCUGGCGUGCGAGAUCGCAGCGGGGCUGGCGGCCAUGCACAAGCGGCAUUUCCUGCACAGUGACUUAGCCCUGCGAAACUGCUUUCUUACCUCGGACUUAAAUGUGAAAGUGGGUGAUUAUGGAAUAGGAUUCAGCAGGUACAAGGAGGAUUAUAUUGAGACAGAUGAUAAAAAAAUUUUCCCUCUUCGGUGGACUGCUCCAGAAUUAGUAACCAGCUUUCAAGACAGACUGCUAACUGCAGAUCAAACUAAAUAUAGUAAUAUCUGGUCCCUGGGUGUGACGCUUUGGGAGCUCUUUGAGAAUGCUGCUCAGCCUUAUUCCAACCUCUCCAACUUAGAUGUUCUCAACCAGGUCAUUCGAGAGAGAGACACGAAACUCCCAAAGCCCCAGCUGGAGCAGCCCUACUCCGACAGAUGGUAUGAAGUCUUGCAGUUCUGCUGGCUGUCACCAGAUAAGCGGCCGGCAGCGGAGGACGUGCACCGGCUGCUCACCUACCUGCGGAUGCAAAGCCAGAGGGACCCGGAAGUGGACUUUGAGCAGCAGUGGAACGCACUCAAGCCCCCCGCAAACAGCAGAGAUGCAAGUGACGCCGCCUUCCCCAUCCUCGACCACUUCACCAGGGACCGGCUCGGCAGAGAGAUGGAGGAGGUCCUCACUGUGACCGAGACCAGCCAAGGCCUGAGCUUCGAGUACGUCUGGGAGGCAGCCAAGCACGACCAUUUCGACGAGCGUAGCCGGGGCCCCCCGGAUGAAGCCUUGUCCUACACCAGCAUUUUCUUCCCCACGGAAGCGUUUGAGAGCUCGCUCUCAGACCCCGGUCCUGGCAAGCAGGAUGACAAUGGCCAGGAUGUCCCCCUGCGGGCCCCCGGGGUGGUGCCUGUUUUCGACGCCCACAACCUUUCUGUCGGAAGCGACUACUACAUCCAGUUAGAAGAAAAAAGCCGUAGCAACUUGGAGCUAGAUUACCCGCCCACUCUGCUCACAACAGAGAUGGAUAAUCCUGAGAGGCUUGGGGAUGGCGCAUCCCAGUGUCUGACGCUCAGGAGCCUGGAGCUUGAGGAGUCCAGUACAGAGGAGGAUUUCUUCCAGAACAGUGCAGACCCCAAAGACGCCAGCAGACCCGAGGAGGCGCACAGCACCAAGGGCCCCGAGAGCCCUUUCAACAGUUUAUUUAAUGACCUUGACAAGUCAGAGGCUUUGCCCAGUCACCAGAAAAUAUUUGACUUGAUGGAACUAAAUGGAGUCCAAGAUGACUUUAAGCCUCCCACCCUGAGUUCAAGUUUGGAUGACCCCAAAGAGUCUGUAAUCGCACGCCACUUGGAGAGGGAAAAGCCCCAUAAGCUUUUUGACUGUGAGCCUCUCUACUCCACAGACAGACUCGUACACCAAGAUGGUUUUGAUCAGCUGGAUAGUGAAGAGUUGUCAGAAAACUUUUUAUUUCUUCAAGAGAAGAACUUACUGAAAGACUCUUUGUCCAGCAAAGAGCAUGUAAAUGAUCUGCAGACAGAACUCAGAAAUGCUGGCUUUCCUGAAUCCAUGUUAGAAACUCCCAGUAGAAAGUCUGUAGAGGCUGAGCCUAAGUUUGCUGAAAAUAAACCCGACUCUUCACUUCAGGAGAGUGUCAGCGUGCACAGCAAGGAGUCGGGUGCAGCGCCCAAGGGUGGCACUGGGGCAGCGGCCUCACCUUGCUCCCCACAGCCGCAGGUACCUCCUACCUCGCUUGAAACCCAGGUGCCGCCUCACGAUGUCCCCCCAGGGGCGGCCCUGAAGCAGGGCGGAGCCAGGCCCUUGCAUGCAGAGGGCGGUGUCUGUGAAGACAGCACCUGCCGAGAGGCAAACCCGGACUCCACGCCCGCGCCACCGGACACCCCCGCCCCCACUGGCAACGGGUCCCCGGCCCUGACUCAGCACGGGGAGGGGGCCGUGAGCCUGGCCCAGAGUGACCCCAGCCUGGUCCAGGACACCCUUGCCAGCAAGGUGAGUAUAGGGAACGGCCUCCCAGAAUCGAGGCAGAACUUAAAAAACCAGCUGCCUUUGGAAGACCACGGCCCUCGAGGCCCGCGGGAGAGAGCCUGGGAGGCCGCCGAGGUCCUGGGGCAGCUGGGUCGUAGAGAUGCUGCUGCAGAGGAGGGCGGCUUGGUGUCCACCCUCUCCUCAGACUCGGCCAGUCAGGACAGCCUCCUGGAGGACAGCUUGUCGGCGCCCGGCCCCGCCUCUGAGCCGUCCUUGGAGACCCCGGACUCCCUGGAUUCCAUGGACGUCCAUGAGGCUUUCCUGGGCUCCUUAGGGCCUCACGCGCCACAGAAACUCCUGACCCCCGACAAGCCAGCGGACAGCGGUUACGAGACGGAGAACCUGGAGUCCCCCGAGUGGACGCUGCACCCGGCCCCCGAGGGUGCCGCGGCGCCCGACACCGCCUCGGUGGGUGAGGACAUGCCCGCCGGGCUGCCUCCCAAGCCCGUCAUCGUCAUCUCAGACGCCGCCGACAGCCACAGAGGCACGGAGGCGACCUCGCAGACCACCGCGCCUGCGUCCCAGGGCUCACACCGAGACUCCGCGUACUUCUCAGACAACGACUCUGAGCCCGACAGGAGGUUGGAGGGGGCCCUGGGCACCUCGGUGUCGGCCCUGGGAGCGGACCAGCCCCUGCCUGAGCCUGAUGUCCCACCGCAGAGUCCCAGCCCCCUGGACAGCUGCCUGGACGCCAGCAGCAGCCUGCCUGACCCUAGCUGUCCUGCUCCGCAGAACUCCCGUCACCUGGAAUCCAGAGAACCCGCAGAACCAGCUCCCCCUGACCCUCCCACACACACCCUUCCCCCCGACGACGAGGUCGGCAGCCCCUCGAGUCUGCAGAACUCAGAGCUGAGCAGCGGGGACGACCUCGAGGCCCCCGAGGAGCCUCCCUGCACGCUGGCUUCCACCGGCACCAACACCGACGAACUCCUGGCGCUGACCCAUGCCCCGCUCCGCUGCGGCGGCCCCGCGGCACCGACGCCGGAGAAGGCCUUGUGCGUCCACUCCGAGGGGCCCAAGCUGAAGGAGCCGGACGUGGAAGGAAAGUACCUGGGGAAGCUUGGCGUGUCAGGCAUGCUGGACCUCGCCGAGGAUGGGAUGGACGCCGACGAGGAGGACGAGAACAGCGAAGACUCGGAUGAGGACCUGCGGGCCUUCACCCUGCACAGCCUGAGCUCUGAGUCUGAGGACGAGGCCGAGCACCCGGUGCCCGUGGUCCUCAGCCGCGAGGACGGCCGCCACCUGCGGAGCCUGCUGAAGCCCACGGACCCGCCACCCGGCUGCAGGAGGGAGAGGAAGGCGGUGACGUUCUUCGACGACGUCACAGUCUAUCUCUUUGACCAGGAAACCCCGACCAAAGAGCUGGGCCAUGGCGGGGGAGCCGCACGCAGCCCCGAGCGGAGCAGCCCUGCACCAGCGGUGGGCUCCCCGCACCUGAGCCGGGGCCUGAACUCUGAGAGCUCCACUGAUGAAGAAGGUGGAGGCUUCGAGUGGGACGACGACUUCUCCCCAGACCCUUUCCUGUCAAGGACGACGAGUCACCUCCUCAGCUCCAAGCCGGCCCUUCAGACCUCCAAGUACUUUUCCCCGCCGCCGCCCCGCAGCGCGGAGCCCAGCUGGCCGCACGCAGCCCCCUACUCCAGGUUCUCCAUCACCCCCGCCAGCAUCGCCAGCUUCUCGCUCACACACCUCACGGACUCGGACAUGGAGCAGGGAGGAAGCAGCGAAGACGGAGAGAAAGACUAGGCGAUGCCUAGGCCCCACGGACCCAGGCUGUUCCGGCAGCGGUGUCCCGGGUCGGGACGAGGCUGCGGGCGCCUGGCCAGUUCUCCUGUACCGGCUGCCGCCCAGGCCUCCCCUGCCCACCGAAAGGGCUGGCGUGGGGGCUGUGGGCUCCAGGUGGCUUCCGGUUCCCACGUGGAGUGUCCUCCGCAUACACACCUGUGUGUCCCGUUCGUGUGCAGGGCCCUGCGGACCACAAGGGGAAUUGGCACCAGUGAGCCAUAUUUAUUGUUUUUAAAGAAAUCACUAAUUGCUUUCUGUAAUUGCACUGUGGAUAAAUGUCCUAAGAGUCCCUGAUACUGUACAGAAUCUUAAAUUAUUCAAGGAAAAUAAGGCAGGUCAAGCUGGUGCUACCCACUAGUUUGAUUUUUUUUUUUUUUUCCUUCUGUUUUAUAGUUUGUUUGCUCUGCAUGGUACUUGUAAAGCUUAAGUAUUUUGAGUGUUAUGUUGUCUUCAGAAAUUGUUGGAAUUGUACAUAUGGUACUCUUUCGUAAAUGAUAAAUGAUUCCGAAUGUUAGUAUUUUAUGUUCUUAUAGGAAAUAUUUUUGAUGAGUCGAAAAAGACUGCUCUGUUUCAUUGAUUGAAUGAAACACAUCUCUGUCUGUUCUCUAUAAGGUGGUUUGUCCCUGUUGUAGAUGAGGCUUCUCCGAGGAGCUGACGGGUCUUGCAGCCCCUCUGUGUGGUUCUCCCACUCGCCCCUCCCCCGACUUUCAGAAAACCCUCUUGGUACAAAUCAACGGGUGGUUCCCAGAGCUGGCUGCAGUUGGCACGUCCAGCCCCCUCCCAGCUGGGGCCCGAGUCCCCUGUGCUGGGUUUAAGCAGCGCAGGUGGCGGUGGCCUGGGGCCCCUGUGGUCACGCCUGCCUUCAGGCGCAAAGAAGCUGCUCCGCGAAGGGCUCUGGGAGCCAAGGCCUGUCCGGGCUCCUCCUGUCUGUGCACUCGAGGUGUUGAGAUGCUCACAGCCCCCAGAGCCAGUCCGGAUUACGUCUCGCCUGGGUGAGGCUGGUGUCUGGAACCAUGGGUACUCACUACACCCCUUGACUGUGAGGGGGGACAUGGGACACCGGGGAGUCGCCACAAGCAGCCCGUCCUCCCUAUCGGGGCCUGGGGCGGCCCGAGUGGCUGUCACCCUCCCUGGGCUCACCUGCACUGACCCCUCCCUUCUGUGUUAAGCCCCCAGUUCUCCCCUUGCUAUGAGAGGACCAAGCCCGUCCAGUGCAGUGUCGUGGUGUUUGCUGGAGCCCGGCGUCCGUGGUGGAAAGCGGCCCUCACCCUGUGGUCCCUGAGUUCUGCUUUGCCCACAGCGGUGCAGCCGGUGCGGAGGGAGGCUGGCAUGUGGACGGGGAGCCCUGGAGCAUGGGUCCUGCACGCCGGCCGCUCCCCCGGGGUCUCCCGUGCUGACCUGCUUCCCUGGUGUUAGCAGGACGCUGGGCCGACCCUCCAGGCCUCGGGCUGGGGGCGGGACGUCAGGCCCCGAUGCAGGUGUGUUCGCUGGCGAGUUUCCGUAGUACAUCGUGACCUUCGUUAUCAAGUCGGGCUUGCUCCUUUUUACACUAGCAAUAACUUUCCAGAGCAGGCCAGCUCCAGGUGGCGGGAGCGCCCCCCCUCCCCCGGGUGAGCCCGGCACACUGCCAAGCUGGACCCGGGGACGCGCGUGUCGAAAAGACAGCUAACGGCAUUAGGAGGUAAUUUUGCCAAAACUGUUGUAACUCUCAAUUUCUUGCUAUGGAGACUUCCUGUGUGUUCUGAGUUUUUACAUCUACCAAUCUUGGUUGAAAGAAAAAUGAGAUGCAAUUACACUAGUUUUGUGGUUUUUUUUUUUUUUUUUUUUAAAUUGUAGGUUUAAGGAGUUCAGCUCUAAUGACUAAAAUCAAGCAGAUCCAUUGUAUAUAUAGUCUUAUACAGUCAGCCCAGGGUAAAUUUAUUGAUUCUCUGGGGCUGUACAUUUUUCACUACGAUUAAGGAGAUUUUAACAACGUAAUUCCCAUUUUAAUUUAAGGUCUGUAUCACUCAUAAAUUGCCAAAAACAUUUUAUACAAGGGGGUGGGUGCAGGGGUUGGAAUAGUAGGUCUUAGUGUGGUGUUGCAUGGUUGGGAAGAUUUUAUAUUUAUAAUAAACACGUGAAUUAACAUGUUCUUUUGAAAAAUCUCAAGCAAUACACAGGAAAUGAUGUACGGGAAAUUAUGUAGAUUAAAAAUUUCAGCCCAUUUUUGAGAUGUCAGCACAUGCUUUGUUGUUUGAUUCAGUUUCGUUUUACUCAAUUGGUUACCAGUAGUGGGUUUCUAAACCACUCCUGUUCUCAGUUACGCAGUGAAAUAACAUCGGUGGGAUUCUCUAGAUGAUGUCAGUGAGGUUCAUCAUACCUGGUUCACAGCGGUAUUUCCUGGCCUCCUUUGGGAUCUGUCUUUGGGAGAGUUCACGUAUCUUAAAUCCCAUGAUAAUCUAUCCUUCACCUCCUUCCUAGCUAGGUGUUAACUUGUGUUAUCUAGCAACUCAGUCACAAGCCAGAAAGAGAAGGGUAGGAAAAGUGCUCCCCCCAGAUCCUCCUGAAACUUGGGCUGUACGUCUGGGUGAGAAGCCAUUCAUCUUAAGGCUGAAGAAGCUCCAGGAAGCUGAAUGGAGAACAGAACCCAUCUGUUCUAUUUUUAAAUGUGCAGGCGAUUGUUUCUAUGGAAAUGGAUUUAUCUCAGAAAAGUCUUUUUCUCUGUCUUGCUGCCAUAAAAUGCCUUUCAAAACCUCUUCCUUUUAUCACCACCUCCCAUGGGGUGUCUGUGGGGUUAAUGACUUACUGCAAGUUUGUCCUGAGGGCCCUGGGGCAAGGGAGGCAGCUCCUGGUUUUCUGAAAGUUCCACAAGUGAACCGAGUGUGAGGCUGCAGAUGGGGGCUUCAUCACCAGAGGCUUCAGAGCAUUAGCCUUCUGAGAGGUAGCCUUAAAACAAGAGUGGGUGUACGCAGUUACUUCCGAUUUAAAACCUCAGAAACACUGUUCCUAAGUGGUAAGGGUGUGGGGGCGGGUUUGGCUCAAGUUUUGGCUCUCAAAAAGGAAAGCUCUCUUUAGUUACAUAAGUGAGUUCUCAAAAGAUGUGUUGACAAUAUUGAAUCACCAACAACCUGUUACGUGAAUGGCUGGAACACGGUUAAGUUCAGGUUGGCACAGGCACAGACGGAUGGCAAUCACAGACCGCUGUGAGUAGCCACUGCUUCAUCCCAGCUGCCAACGCCCCGCAGGGCUGUCCCACCUCCGAGGUUUCACUGUUGUGCUUAGACUCGGUUGUAAGAGGUUCACGGCAAUAUAACAAGUUAAUGAACUUUGAGUUUAAAUUGUGUACAUUUUUAAAUUGUAAGAUUUUUACUGUAUAUUGAUGCAUAGUGUGAUUCAAAUAAAUUGCUUGUAAUUUAAAAACUAUUUAAUAUUCAAAAUAAAUAUAGUUAUAUAUUUAUAAA